CCCACAUGGAAAUCUCAGUUUCAGUCAUCUGAGGGAGAUCUUUACGUGCAAGACAAUGGAGAUAAGAACAAGGAGACCAUCUCUGCUUUAUAUAUUUAAGGCCGUGUUUGGAAAAUUACAAAAAAACAGCAGAAGGAUGGUCUAGGCUGUGGGAACCACAUCAUACUUUUUAUUCAACUGAACUUCUUCAAGAAGUUGUGAAUUGGGAUCAACAGUGAGUCAAUAAAUAAGUCAUCUCCAUCGCCUUCUUUCAUUCUGACUUGGCUUUUCUAAAACAAAAACCCUUACCCCUUGCUUUCACUCUGUUCAGGAGGAGCUGUGGAAACAAACUACUCCGCUUUCAAAGAUAUGGAAGUUCCAUUGCAGUCAGAGCCACCGGAUUUACCAGUUGGAUGGAGGUUCCAUCCGACCGAUUUUGAGCUGCUUGAUCAUUAUUUGAAGAAGAAGAGGCUUGGUCAUGCUAUUGCAGCCUAUGGCUUCAACUUUGGAGAAUUUCAAUUAUGCAAUUUUGAUCCUCUUAAUCUACCUGACUCUCCAGACAAAGAGUGGUAUUUCUUUUGCCGUCCUGAGAUUUACUUGGAAAAUGGACGGGCAAAAAGGAAAAGGAAAGCAAUGGAUGGAUCCUGGAGAUGGACGGGUAAGGUUCAAUCAGUCAUAAAUGAGUAUAGCCAUGAGAAGAUUGGAACAAGGAAAAUUUUGGUUUACCAUGAUCCGAAGCCUACUAAAUGGGUGAUACAUGAAUAUGAGUACACUGCAGAUCUCAACUUGCCGACUGAGGGCGAUUACGUGCUUUGUAAAUUAAUGAUAAAUAAGAAGAACAAAAAGAAUAACAAGUCAAACAAAAUCAAACCAUGUUCCAAGAAAAGUAAAGCAAACAAUAAUUCAAACAAAGUGGAACCAUGUUCUGAGAAAAACAAAACAAAUAGGAAGUCAAAGAAUAUCAAACUAGGUUGCAAGAAUACAAAACCAAGUAAGAAGGCAACAAUAGAUUUAUCAAUAAGUAAUGCUGUUUCUCCUUCUGCUUUUCAAAAUGAAAAUAUAGUGGAGAUAACAACUAAUUCAGCCUAUGGUGAAGCUGAAACAAGCAACCAUAUGGCUCCUCAUUUUGGAAAUCAAAACCAUGGUGAAAAUAUUGCAAGUUCAACUUAUAAAGAAAGUGAAUCAAGUUAUCAACAAAAUGUUUCUUAUCCGCAACAUCAUCAAGGUGUUGAUGAAUCUCGUCCUCAAUAUGGUCAAAAUGUUGACGUUUCUUAUCCUCAUCAAGGUACCGAUGAUCUUCAUUCUCAAAAUAGUCAAAGCGUUGAUGCUUAUUAUUCCAAAUAUCAUCAAAAUGCUUCUCUUUCUAACUCUCAAUAUCAUCAAGGUAUUGAUAUUUCUACUCAAUUAAAUCCAUAUAAUUCUUAUUCUCAGUAUCAUCAAGUUAUUGAUGAUUCUUAUUCUCAAUGUCAUCAAGACAUUGAUUUUCCUAAUGAAGUAAAUCGAGACAUUGAUUUUCCGAAUGAAGUCAAUCGAGGUAUUGAUUUUUCUAAUCAAGUUAAUCGAGACAUUGAUUUUCCUAAUAAAGUUAAUCAAGCUUUUUUGGAUACUCAAUUCAGUCAAGGUGUUAUGAAUACUUAAUUUAGUCAAGGUGUCAUGGAUACUCAAUUUGGUCAAGAUGUUUUGGAUACUCAAUUAAGUCUUAAGGUAUUAUGAAUCCUCACUCAUUUCAAUGUUGUCAAGAUAUUGAAUUUUCUAAUCAAUUAAAUCACGAUGUUUCAAAUGGUCAAUUUAGUCAAGGUUUUAUUAAUCCUUCCUCGUUACAUCAUCAAGCUAUUGAUUUUCUAAUCAUUUUAAUCAAGAUGUUUCAAAUACUUAGUUAUUCUCAAUUAUUUUCAAUUUAAUCAAGAUGUUUCAGAUACUCAAUUAUCCUCAAUUUAGUCAAGAUGUUCCACUACUCAAUUUAGCAUGGUGUUCGGAAAACAUAAAUUAGUCAAGAUGUUCAACUACUCCAUUUAGUCAACGUGUAAAGACUACUUGCUCAUGUCAAGACAUUGAUUUUUCUAAUCAAUUUAACCAAGAUACUCAAUUUAGUAAAAUUAUUAUGAAUAUUCACUUGCUCCAUAAGGCAAAACCAGUUCAAUAAUGACAUCUGAUUUGGAAAAUCAAAAUCUACCCAGGACAAAUUACCUUGUUAAAAAGUAACAUAUAUUUCAAUUUCAAAAAAGUGGGAAGUCUAGUUAAGAAGCCAAAUAUGCUAACGCUCGAAGAAUAUCAGAGUUCCUUGGUGGAUGCUUGUGUAGAAGACAAUACAUUUGUUAAGAAAAAUAAAUUAUCAAGUAGCGGAUGGCUAAUAGCAGUAAGUGAUCAAGAUACUGACAUUAGCUCUGCAUCGCAGCAAUCUAUUUACACGAAACAAAGCCCCAAUAACAACGGGUUUGGCAGCCUAUUUGAAAAAGAUAUGCUCCUAUUCUGUUCCUACUGGGACUAGAAAACAUAAUGCAAGAAACGGAGGACUCAGUAUGGUUUAUGUAUGUCCAAGAAGGUAGCUUAUUCCCCUCUGCUCCGCAUUAAAUGCAUCAGAAUAAAACUAAGUGGUAAGAGCCCAAGAUGAAGUCUGAAUGUUGAUCUGAAUUAUCAAUGGUUAAUCUGAAUGUUACGCUUUAACAUGGCCUUAUGUCCCCAGAAUCAGUUAUUCUCAUAGAAAUGCUGCUAUUAUUCAAAGAGACGCAACUCUCAUCUCAUGCAGGUGUCAUACAAAGAGAUGAGGCUCUAAGUCCAGAAGAGUCAAUGUUAGAUUAUAAUAUUCUAGUCUACAGAUAUGUAGAGGAAGUCUUGUAUAAAUUCCAUCUCUAGUUCCUUCCCUUGUAGAUGAAGCUUUAACUGUAUCAAUAACUUGGGUGUUUGUAUUUUCUGGGUACGUCCCUCUCCUUGUGUUGUCAAAAGCAUAAGUUUAUGAUAAACUGAAGUAUCCCUUUUGUCGUAA